AUGAAGUUCUCUACCGUCGCUGCUACUGCCUUGGCUGCUUCUUCCUCCGCCUUGGCUGCUCAAACUGUCAUCACCGCUACCAACGAUGGUGUCGUUUACACCAAGACCAUUGAUUUGGCCGAGACAGAUGCCACUUUGGCCCCAGGUGAAUACUUGACCUCCAUUGUUGUUACCAGAGGUGACACUGUCUACACCAAGGUUAUCACUGAAUCUUCUGCUGCUGCCACUGAAGAAACCACCGCUGCUGCUGAAGAAACCACUGCUGCUGCUGAAACCACUGCUGCCGCUGCUGAAGAGGAAGCUUCCACCACUGAAUACGAAACCGUCACUUUGACUUUGUCUAAGAACGGUCACUGGUUCACCAAGACCGUCACCCAAGCAGUCGGUUUCGUCUGGACUGGUGAAGCUACCACCUACACUGGUGUUGCUCCAUGGGCUACUUCUUCUGCUGCUGACGAAGAAAUCACCUCUUCUGGCUUCAGCAACAGUACUGAAGUCACUGAAACUGUCACUGACAAGACUAAAACCACCGCUACUAUCACUUCCUGUGAAGAUGACAUCUGUCAGAAGACCACCGAAGAAGAAGCUUCUUCAUCUACCGUUAUCACCACCGUCAUCGAAGGUGUUACCGUUGUAACCACCGUCCCAUGCACCACCACUUCUACCGUCGAAUGUACCGAAGAACAAUGCCAAAAGACUUCUACCAACGCUCCAGUUAACCCAACCACUGUAGUUCCAACUACUGAAGCUCCAGGUAAGACCUCUUCCGGUAUUGUCACUGUUUCUUCUUCUUCCGCUGAAACUGCUCAACCAUCCGUUACUGUCUCCACCUACACUGGUGCUGCUGCUAUGGCUUCUGUCGGUACCGGUUUGUUCGCUGCUGCCGUCGGUGCUAUGUUGUUAUAA